AUGGCUUCCAGAUCAGAAGAGGAUCUCUGCUGUCCCGUCUGCCAUGAUGUCUUCAGAGAUCCUGUCAUUCUGUCAUGUAGCCACAGCUUCUGUAAAGACUGUUUGAAGAGGUGGUGGAAAGAAAAAGAAGUAAAAGAGUGUCCACUUUGUAAGAGAAGAUCUUCAAGGUCAGAACCACCUUGUAACCUGGCAUUAAAGAACCUGUGUGAGACCUUCUUACAGGAGAGAGAUCAGAGCUCUUCACCUGCUCUCUGCAGUCUGCACUCAGAGAAACUCAGACUCUUCUGUCUGGACCAUCAGCAGCCAGUGUGUGUGAUCUGCAGAGAUUCAGAAAAACACACCGACCACAGAUUCAGACCCAUCGAUGAAGCUGCACAACAACACAAGAAGCAGCUUCAGGAAACUCUGGAGCCCUUGAAGGAGAAGUUACAGAGUUUUGAACGUGUUAAAGUAGAGUUUGAACAAACAGCAGAACACAUUAAGGUCCAGGCCGGACUCACAGAGACGCAGAUCAAGGAGCAGUUUAAAAAGCUUCAUCGGUUUCUGGAGGAGGAAGAGGAGGCCAGGAUGGCUGCACUGAGGGAGGAAGAGGAGCAGAAGAGUCGGAUGAUGAAGGAGAAGAUUGAGUCUCUGAGCAGAGACAUAACGUCUCUUUCAGACACAAUCAGAACCACAGAGGACGAGCUGAGAGCUGAAGACGUCUCGUUCCUGCUCAACUACAAGGCUGCAGUGGAACGAGUCCAGCAGCGCCCCCUGCUGGAUGAUCCACAGCUGGCCUCAGGAGCUCUGAUAGACAAGGCCAAACAUCUGGGCAACCUGAGCUUCAACAUCUGGAACAAGAUGAAGGACGUGGUCUCCUACAGUCCUGUGGUUCUGGACCCAAACUCUGCUAAUCCAUGGCUCGUCCUGUCUGAAGAUCUGACCAGUUUGAGAGGAGGAGAGAAACAGAAGCUUCCUGACAAUCCAGAGAGGUUUGAUAAACACGCCACAGUCCUGGGAUCUGAGGGUUUUAACUCAGGGACUCACAGCUGGGACGUCCUGGUUGGAGACAGUACCUACUGGGCACUGGGUGUGUCAGCAGAGUCUGUCCAGAGGAAGGGAAAAGAUCUGUCUGGAUACUGGAGAAUAGGGUUCUAUGAAGGUAAAUACUCAGCAUUGUCACCAUCAGUAUCAUCUGUUCUCUCUGUGCAGAAGAUCCAGAGGAUCAGAGUGAAACUGGACUGGAACAGAGGAGAACUGUCGUUCUCUGAUCCUGAUACUAACAAACACAUUCACACCUUCAUACACACUUUCACUCAGAAGAUGUUUCCAUUCUUUAGCAUUACAGAUCCCUUGAAGCUGUUACCUGUGAAAGUCUCUGUGACGCUGGAUCAGAGCCGUUAGAGAUAAAGAUUUUAUUCAUCAUGUUUAUUUCU